CUGGUCGACCCUUUCUCUUCCCCGAACGUGGUUGGGCACCAUCCUUCCUCCCUCCGGAGUUUCAGACAGAGAGAGAGAGAGAGAGCUCUCUCUCUCUGUCUCUCUCUCCCCUCUCCCUGCCUCUCUCUCCCCUUGUCCAGAUUGAAUGAGGAGGGAAUGAUGACGAUAGACCCCGAUUUUCUCACCAGUGGCGGAGGAAUCAGCUUCCUCACUGGAAAUUGUAAUGGGAGUUUCAGCUAUGGUUAUUCUAGUUUUAAAGGGAAAAGGGCAUCCAUGGAAGACUUCUAUGAGACAAGAGUAUCAGACAUCGAUGGCCAGAUGGUUGCAUUUUUUGGUGUUUUUGAUGGACAUGGAGGUCCAGGAGCUGCUGAGUAUUUGAAGCUCAACCUUUUCAAUAAUUUGGUUCAUCACCCCAACUUCCUCAAAGACACAAAGUCAGCUAUUGUUGAGACGUUCAAGGAAACAGAUUCAAAUUACCUUAACAGGGAAAAGGGCCAGCAUAGAGAUGCUGGUUCAACUGCAACAACAGCUGUUCUGCUGGGUGACAGACUUCUUGUCGCUAAUGUGGGAGACUCAAGGGUGGUUGCAAGUAGAUCUGGGGCAGCUAUUCCCCUGUCUAUUGAUCACAAACCUAAUAGGUCUGAUGAACGACGUCGAAUUGAAGAUGCUGGAGGAUUUAUAAUUUGGGCAGGAACGUGGAGGGUUGGAGGCGUUUUAGCUGUUUCUCGUGCAUUUGGAGAUAGACUACUGAAACAAUUUGUUGUUGCUGAUCCAGAAAUUAAGGAGGAAGUCAUCAAUGAUGUUGAGUUCCUUAUUCUUGCGAGUGAUGGCCUCUGGAAUGUCAUGUCAAAUGAGGAUGCAGUUGCCGUAGUGCGAGACAUAACAGAAGCUGAAACAGCUGCAAGAAAACUGAUAGAAGAAGCCUUUGCAAGGGGAAGUACUGACAAUAUCACUUGCAUUGUUGUUCGGUUCAGUUCCUAAUGAAGCUAUUGAAGAUAAGUUCAACAGGUUUGAUCUCAGUUGUUCUUGGAUUUAUGCUGACACAUCGGCAGAAGUUGUUGACGAUGUGGAGUCCGAGGUACUCGCAAGUCAUGCUAAUUCAGAACUGGAGGAUGGCAGGAUUCCAUUAUAAGUUCCUGAACCGCUGGUGCUGGAGAAAAAAUACUUCUAGAAUGUUGGUUUUCUUUUUGAGAACAGCCACACCAUUUUUUUGUUCUUGGAAUUCUGUUAUCUUUAAUUUAUAUAAAGAAAAUGGCAUUGAAAGAAAUCAGAGUGCAAAAAUCCUGUUAUUUAGCAAAUGAAAUUGAAAUUCAAGUUCGUGGCA